AUGAAGAAAUGCUCGACAUUGCUUCAAACGCUCGCUGUCAUCUUGUCACUGCUCAUACCAUCCACCAAUGGUCAGAGGUUCAAUGUCAUCAAUCUGGCGCGGGAUACCGAUCGAUGGGAGCGUGUGAAAGUCGAGCUUAUGAAAGAGUUUGACCUUGAAAAGAUUCAUCGCAUGGAAGGAGUUCAUGGAAAAUCUCUAACUUCCCAGGAACGACACGAAAAUGCCUCGCUGGGAGCAAGACUCUUUUGUACAGAAGGAACCAUUGGAUGCUACAUGUCUCAUCGCAAAUUCUGGGAGCAAGUCGUGGAGGGCGAUGAACCUUAUCAAAUAGUCUUUGAAGACGAUGUCGUUCUGACGGACGAUUUCCAAGAGCAAGUCAAAGCUCGUAUUGAAGAGUUGAAAGGUGCUGUAGGUGCAGAAAACUGGGACGUGCUGAUGUUGGGUGCACUUGGAUGUGUCAAUCCAAACCCUCGAAAGUAUGGUUCCUAUGUGAUUCCAGCAUUUGUUUCGGGUGGAUGUCGGAAGCCUCGCAAGAUUACUGAAAAUAUUCACAUUCCAAUGAGACCCUUUGGAACCCACGCCUACAUCUUGUCCAAACGUGGAGCAAAGAAGCUAUUGGAUCGUAGCUGGAGGGCCACCUACCAUGUGGAUUGUGUGAUCUGGGGUAUGCGCGAUCUCGACCUAUACAUUGCCCAUCCUCUCCUAGUCUACCAAGACAGUUCGCCGUCAACAGUGGGAGCCAUCACGUCGGGACCGGAAACCUGGAUUCCAAGCAGCAUUCAAAUGGAUGACUACACGAAAAUGCGGUUGGAAUGGGUUUGGAACGAAGCUGUCAUUCGAAUACCAGCAAUCAAUCUUAUUAUUACCCAAGGGAGGUAUCUACUAAUUGGUAUAUUUGGAAGUAUCUUUGGAGCCUUCAGGCAUAAAAAGGCCCCAAAGUUCCUUCCCAAGUUUCUUUCCAUGUACUUUAUCUUCAUUGUGAGCUUCAAUCGAAUCAUCAAUCGUCCCAGAGGUAGAUAA